AUAUGAAAGCAGCAGCAGACUUCGGCUCCUUCGGCUCCUCCCCGUCUUUCAGCGGGUCUUUAAUUCACCAUCACAGAGGGAGGAUUAAGCUCAUCACACCUCUCCUGGUUCACCAUGGCAAGCGAUCACCAGAACCCUACAUCCAAACAACAGAAUCCUGCAUCCAGCAGUUUCAAGCUGAUCAUCUACGAACAGGAGAACUUCCAAGGUCGCUGCCAUGAGCUGACUGGGCCCUGUAACAACCUGCAAGAGGCGGGCGUGGAGAAAGUUGGCUCGAUACUGGUGCUGUGUGGACCGUGGGUGGGGUACGAGCAGCCCAGCUGUAAGGGUGAGCAGUAUGUGCUGGAGAAGGGCGAGUAUCCUCGCUGGGAUGCCUGGACCAACAGCCGGCGCAGUGACUGCGUCCUCUCCUUCCGCCCCAUCAAAGUGGACACCCAGGAGCACAAGAUCGUGAUGUACGAGAAUCCCAACUUUGCAGGAAAGAAGAUUGAGAUCAUAGACGAUGACGUGCCGAGUUUCCACGCUCACGGCUACCAGGAGAAGGUUUCCUCAGUGCGAGUGCAGAGCGGCACCUGGGUGGCUUAUCAGUACCCCGGAUACAGAGGGUACCAGUAUCUGUUUGAGAAGGGCGAGUAUAAGGAGAAUUCUGAAUUCGGGGCUCAGGUGCCUCAGAUCCAGUCGGUCAGGCGGAUCCGUGACAUGCAGUGGCACCAGAGAGGGGCGUUCCACACCUCCAACUGAGCUUCCACUCCUCCCUUCAUCUCUCCUCUCCACAUCCUCCUCUUCCUCAUGAUGAUUCCCAUGAUGACAGAAAGUGUCAGUGAUUCCGUGUG